UAUUUGAGGCGCAGACGUGCUUGAGCUGCACACACAUGCACACACACACACUCUCCUCCUGAGCGCAGAGGAUGGCCAGACUGGACGUCAUGGAGAGCUUCCAAGAUAUCGCCUUCCCGGGACACCUGCACACACAGGAGACUCUGCGCGAUGCCCCGAACUUCCGGUUCCAGGACACGGACACACUCAUAGCCACCUACCCCAAGUCAGGUACCACCUGGAUGCAGGAGAUCCUGACUCUGACGUUAAACCAAGGGGACGACACCGUGUCCCGGACCGUCCCCAACUGGGCUCGGGCUCCCUGGCUGGAGCAGUACUACUUCCCCCACGUGGUGAAGAUGAUGCGAGAGCCUCGCAUCAUCACCACACACCUGCCCUACCACCUGCUGGCCCCCGCCCUGCGGGACUCUAAGGUUAAGGUGAUUUACGUGGCCAGGAAUCCCAAGGACAUCGCUGUAUCCUUCUAUCACUUCCACAAAAUGGCCAACUUCCUGCCGGAACCCGGCUCCUUCGACCAGUUUCUGGACUGCUUCCUGGAAGGAACCGUGAGUUACGGCUCCUGGUUCGAGCACGUGAAAGGCUGGACGACCCAAACCUCCAAGAGCAUUUUCUACAUCACGUACGAGGAGAUGUGGCUGGACCUGAGAGGCUCCCUGGAGAGGAUCAGCGCCUUCCUCCAGUGCCCCCUGGGAGCAGAGCAGAUCAGUAAUGCCCAGAAGCACUGCAGCUUUAACAGGAUGAAGGAGAACCCCAUGGUGAACUACAGCACGGUCUCCAGUGACAUCAUGGACCACAGCAAGGGCCAGUUCAUGAGGAAGGGUAAAAUCGGGGACUGGAGGAACAUGUUCACCGAAGAGCAGAACCGCCGCUUCGAGGAGGUCUUCAGCUCCAAGAUGGUGGGUUCACAUCUGAAGUUCAUCUGGGAGGCUCCUCAAGAUCCAGAGCGUCCGAAGACGACGAGAGAGGCCAAGGAGAUCCCGUGUCUCGGCGCAGCUUAAUCCUUUACCUCAUACUCACCUCACAUUUACCUCAUAUUGACGUAGACACCAUUCUUGGUGGGCAUACACACAUCUAAUAGGGAAUGAGACUGAGCACCAGGGUGAAGGUCCUGGGAUCGAACUCGCAGGCUUUAUCCCACAAACCUGGUCAUCACAUAAAAAUUGUACAAGUCCAGCUGGCAUGAACAGGACUGAGUUUAACACAAACUGUUUGUUUUAGGGAGCUCUACAGUAGGUGGGUGUUACAAGCAAGAUUUGUUUUAUUCUUCACAUUUUAUUUUUAUAUUUUUGCAGCACUGAUUUUUCGGAAAUCUGUCUUUAAAUAUUGCUGGAAGUGUUUUAUAUGUUCUAUACCUUUGUUUAAAAUUUACUCCUGUGAAAUAACCUGUUUGUCAGUCUACU